AUGAGGGUAUCUUUGAUGAUAUAUAACUUAAAUGUAGAGUAUUUUCCUGAUAAAUAUUUAUAUUUAGCAGAUUUGCUUAGCAGAAAUUUUAAACAGGAAAUUAAAAAUUUGGAUAAUACUCUUAAAGAUAUUGUACAUACAAUGAAGAUUAAAGUAAGAUUUAGAAAUAAUAAAGAGGCUGAGUUUAAAAAAGCUGAUAAUAUCAAAAAUGAUUUAAUGUGUGGCUCACAAGACAUUUUUUCCAAACGGUGGCAAUUUGAAAUAAUAUCAUCUAACCUGUACUAUGCAAAAAGUAAUGGGUUAGCAGAAAACGGUUGGGAUAGCAAAAAGAAUGGUUAUCAAAGCUAUAUAUGA